GGGGACAGUUGCUCAUUCGCCAUCAUAGUGUCUGAUCCGCUACUGCCAUGCCGAGUAUGAGAUGCCGGCUUGUACAGGGAAACUAUGCAGGUCUUGCAACGUUUAUGAGUCAACCUAUCCAGCCAAUUGACCCAGGUUGAUCCUCGUCGGGCGGUGCACAGCAGACCACGGGCGACGAUCAAGAGGACUGCUGUUGACUAAUUAUGCCGUGGAUACCGUGUCCAUGCAUCGGCUGCUUUCACACAUCGCAUUCUAGUUGGUGGGCGGACGAAGGUGCUUUCCGGGCUCAGCGUUUCGGAAUGAAUCUCAUAACCAUGCAACAACCACCGUGCACUGUCCGACGGGGGUAUAAGACUUCAGGCUUGGAACCCUGCAUUGCACUAUCAAACAACCCCUUGGCGUUCAAUUGUCCACAUAUCCAACUUUCUUUACCAUGUCUAACUUCAGCGGGCAUCGAGAGGAAGGCCGUCCGACGCUGCCUCCUGUCCGUGAUUUGUUCCGCGAGGAACUAUCCUGUUCGCCCCGACCCCCAGUGACCUCAACGCCUCCCUGGAUCGUUCCUUCUACUAGCAGCGAACGCGAUCCCUAUCGGCGCCCUCCUCAAGCUAACUCUUGUUUUCAGUCUUCCCCGACUACUUUAUCUUCACAAGAGCGACAUGACCCGCGUGUCGCGUCCCUCCCGUACAACAACCCAGUUGGUCGAGAUAAUUCACCGAUCUCUCAUUAUCAUCCACAACAUCGUCACAUACGCCAAGAAUGCGCGCCGUUUGAUGUAUCGCAACGGAGACCGUCUCGUGAUCAAGUUUGCCCCCCGUCAGGAUCACAUAUGUAUUUCGACCAAAGCCCACCGCCCUAUCCUGGAAGCUCCUGCCCACCCGUGGCAGGAAUGUCGGCUCGCCACGCUUCUCUGGUGCCUUAUCCCGAUAGCCGGACGCAGCCCCAACGUAGGGAUCCACUAGUUGGUUCGAGUACAUCAGAAACUUCCCAUAAUUCACCCACGUCAUCUGUGUCUACGAUGAAAUACGAGUGUAUGUAUUGUGGAAAGGGUUUCACUCGGCCCAGUAGCCUUAAGAUCCAUCUAAAUAGUCACACAGGGGAGAGACCUUUCGUUUGUACAUUUGAAGGCUGUGGUCGCAGCUUCAGUGUACUCAGUAACAUGCGCCGACAUGCAAGGGUACACGUGGAGGCCCCCGGCCGUCAAAAUGAAGCUUCAGGCGACGAGCUCAGUGACAGGCAUUCACCAGCUGAGCGUUAGCGCCCUCCACCGAAUGGACGCUGUCUCCGACAGCAAUGCCAUCUCUUUCGCAGCUGCCCAAGGAAACUCAUCGUAGCUCACAAUUAAACUGCUACCUAUAUAUUUUUAAAUCGCAUGUCUCGCCCCUCGCCCUCAUCAAUACCAAUAUUCACUCUCGUAUGUAGCACUUGUUUACUUCGUUUUGUUUCGCCGGUACGCUAUUUAUUCCUUUACCGCGUAUAUUAUAUACCGCCGUCCUCGGCUUUGUAGAGGCACUGCCUUGCAUCGAGAAGCUGUAUCGGAUGGCCCUUAGUAUCUUCAGUGUAUAGAGAACGUGUCAGCCCUCCUUUGUAAGGAAUAGUUCUAGUUUCAUUAAUAAAAGUCCUGUCAAGUG